AUGGCCAGCUAUCGUUUCCUAGUCCAGCAACUCUCCGGCACCUUUGACGGCUACGAGUUCCUUCAUGCCCCGCGCACAGAAAACGAAGCCGCCGACACGCUAGCCAAGAUUGGCUCAUCCCCGCAGGUCAUACCACCUGGUGUCUCCCUCGAGCACUUGCGCAAGCCGUCCGUCAAGCCGUCUCCGGAUUCCGAGUCCAUCUUCAUCCCAGACGACCCUGCGGCACCCCUUCCCAACCCGGACCUGGGGGCUGCUGUCCAAGCUCGGGGGCUGCUGUCCCCAACCCGCAUCAUCAACAACGAGCUCGUCAUGCGCAGCGCGACACGCGUGUUCCAGCGCUGCGUCGAGCAAGACAAGGGCAUAGAGAUCCUCCUCGACAUACACCAGGGCGAGUGCGGGUACCACGCCACCUCCAGGUCCUUGGUGGCCAAGGCUUUUCGCCAUGGUUUCUACUGGCCCACGGCCCUCAAAGACGCCGAGUAG